AAAGAAGUCGUCGCACAAAGAAGUCUUUGCCCUUGGUGCUCGCGCUUCUCGCCUCUUGCGCGAGUUGUUCAAGAAGUCUGUCCUCGAAAGGAGUUCGAUGGAAAGACAGAUUUCGAGUCGUCUACACGAACAGGUCCGGUUGCGCCUUUGCAUCUGACUCCGGGACGUUCUUGAGUUGAAAAAGUUGCCGCAGUUUCUGCAGCGACGCCUUGCAUCGUUGAGUCGCUCCGCGUUGCCGUGGGCGCGCGUCUGCUGAGUUUCUGCGAGAUCCUUUCGAGCGCGGUGGAGAGCCUGUUGAGUUCCUUUCGGGGGACAUCGUCAUUUGGCCUGCCAGGCUUUCGCAGCGAAACGCAAAAGUCGAGAGGAACGCGCGUCGCUCGCGGAAACGCUUCUGGGAGGGGACUCUCGAGGGAACGGAGGAAAGGAAGAGAAGGAAAGAAAGCGAAGAAAGCGAAGAACGCGAAAAAAGGGUGAGAAGCGAAAAGCGUGGAGAGAAAAAAGACGAAAGAGGGAGGAAGCGAGGUGUGUGGAUGCCGUCUGUCCAUCGCCAGAGAGAAGAAUAAGAAGAAUCGUGAGAGACGAUCAAGCACAACGGCGCGCGAACCGUCGAGACUCACCGAGACAAAGAACGCGAGACACACAGACCGGCAACUCGAGCGGCGCGAACUUGGUCGGGUGGAGGACGAAAGAAGCAGGCCGAGAAGCUGCAUUUCCUCGAAUGAGAAGAGCGAGAAAGAAUCUUCAUGCAGACUGCUCGACCGCUCUCCUCCGUCCUGCAUUUGACGUCCUUCGAGCGACGCAGUGACCUGGCGCAAGCCGUGUGUGCAGCCAGCAGAGAAGGCUGUCAAGCCGGCGAAGGAGAAAAGAAGAGGAAAACGCGGGGAAAAGAGGAGAACUAACGGAGGGGAAAAGCCAGAAGUCGGACCUGUCUCUCAACUGAGAGACUGAAAAGAGAAAAACGAGUGAAAGAAAGGUUGGCGAGGAAGAAGAAAGGCGUCUUUUCGUGAGUUCGCGACGCGAGUUGCGCCGGAAAAAGUCGCGCAGCUGGGCACAGAUGCGCCGAGCAACAGAAGAAUUUCUUCAGGGGAGGGGAGGGAGCGUUUCUCCCCUCCGUCUUCCUUUCUUGCUCCGCUUUGUUCCUCUUUUCUCUCGGAAACGCUUCAUGCGUCCACCUCAAGAUGCCUUCUUUCUUUCUCUUCUUUCUCUUCUGUCUCUUCUUCUCUCCCGCUUCUGCCCUAUAAUACGGCGUUCUUCGCCUGCGGCAGGUUUGUGUUGCCUUCGCAGGGAGAGAGGGGAAGUUUUCAAGCUGACUCUCCUCUCUGCUCUCCGGCGACAGCCCCCUCAGGCUGCGUCUCGCAGCGCGGUUCAAAGCGCCCAUUUUUCCUUCGAAACUCUCUGAACAUCACGGUGCUCUCUCGCUUUCCGGCCGCUCACAAAGACUUACGCAGGACAGGCUUCCAGCCUUCCACAACUCGUCUGACUUCUUCAGAGUCGCCGAGGCACUGUCGUCGCCGAGGCGCUGUCGUCCUGCUGUCAGAGACUCCGUCGAUUCCUGACUCGCGUUUUUCUGAGUUUUCGAAAGGUCCCUGACGAGCACUCUGCCGGCAGUGCGGGUCGCAGAUGCAUGCGCGAAAAGAUGGCCGGAGGCGGGCGCGUUGGCGAAGCCGUCUGCUACUACGAGCUGCUGCAGGUUGAGAAGUCCAGUUCUCUGGAAGAAAUCAAGAAAGCGUUUCGUCGCCAGGCUCUUCUCCACCAUCCAGACAAGCAUGCCGACAGAGUCGAGGAGGCGACGCGCAUUUUUCAGCAACUGCAGGAAGCGUACGAGUGUCUAAGCAAUCCUCAGGAGCGCUCGUGGUACGACGCGCACCGACAGCAAAUUCUCGGUCGGGGCAAGGCCGCGGAGGAAGGCGCCGCAUGCAGCAGAGGGACGUCUGUGGACUUGUGGGUGUUCUUCUCGCCUGGCUGUUUCUCGAACUUCAAAGAUGGAGACAGCGAAAGCUUCUGGAAGGUGUACGGAGACGUCUUCGCCACCCUGGCGAGGGAAGAAGAAGAAGAACUGCGAGCGAACGGGGCAGACGCCCACCUGCUCGAGCGGGUGGCGGCGAUUCCUGAGUUGGGCUCCUCGACUUCACCCUGGACAGAGGUUGCGGCGUUCUACUCCUUCUGGUCGAGCUUCGCUUCUCUGAAGUCGUUCGCUUUUGCAGACAGCUGGAAAAUUUCACCGCAGGACUCGCGCGCCGAGCGCCGGUGGCUCCAGAAGGAAAACGAGAAGCUCCGACGAGCGAAGAGGAAGCAGUUCAACGACCUCGUCCAGAGACUCGUCGCGGCGGUCAAGAGGCGCGACCCCCGCGUCCUCCAGAGGUCGAAGGAGCUGAUUGCGGAGAAAGUUCGGUGUCGCGAGAGGCAGAGAGAAGAAGAAGCACGGAGGAAGGCGGCUCUUGCGCAGCACAGGCAAGAACACCGAGAGGCGCAGGCAGCGCUGUGGAUUGCCCUCGAGGAAGAAAGGAGGGAACGGAAGCGGCAGGGCUACAGUUUCGCAGCAGACAGCGAAGAAGAAGAAGAGAGCGAAGAAGAAGAAGAGAGCGAAGAAGACGGAGAAGAAGAAGAGGGAGAAGAAGGAGAAGAAGACGACUUUUUGCAGUGGAGCGGAGAGCGACAGAGAAAGGGGGAAGAAGGGAGGGUUUGUUCGGAGGCUCCGACGACGAAGACAGCGAAGAAGGAGGGGAACCAAGGUGGGAAGAAGAAACGCAGUUCCGGAAAAGCGGCGACGGUCGUGUACACUUGCGAGGCCUGCAGGAAGACAUUCAAAUCCAUGCCUCAGUUCGAGGCUCACGAGAGGUCGGCGAAACAUCAACAGAGAGUGAAGCAGCUGCGGCGGCAUGAGCAGCAGAAGACCGAAAGCGAGGAAGAGUCUCGCGAGGGAAUAGCUGGAGGGACGCCAGAACGCGCGCAGAAAAGGGGAGGGAGACGAGCACGCAAGAAAGGUACACCAGCCAGGACAGCAGACGAAGAAGAAAGCGCGGAAGAAAGAGAGGAAGAAAGAGAGGAAGAAGAGAAAGAAGAAAAGGCCGAAGAAGAAGAGGAGGAAGAAGAGGAAGGAACGAGGAGAAUGUCGGAGACGAGUUCGGAUAAGAGGCUUUUUUCGGGAUGUGAGAGCGGAGAAUCAGAAGAUGAAAGCGACAUGCUUCUGCGGUUUGCGCAGUCGCGCGACCAGACGUCUCGACGCGACAGCUCCUUUUCCGAAGAAAGUGAAGAAGACAGUGAAGAAGGUGAAGAAGACAGUGAAGAAGGUGAAGAAGAAAGGGUAGAAGAACGCAGAGCAGAGGCUGUUUCCUCAGAAGAAGAGCAGAGACGGCUCGGCAGGAGGUGCCGGCGAAGGAGCAAGAAAAAAGAGGCGAAGAAAGGAAAUGGAUUCCAAGAGGGUGACGAAGAAACCUUCGUCGUCACUGCCUCAGGGCCUUCCUCACGCGCUUCAGCUGCGGAGAAACAAAUGCAUGCAAAGAAGCGCGUUUCUCCGGGAGAAGAAGGCAGCGCGAGACGAGCAGAGAAGAAGGCAGAAACCGAGUGGGCCUGUCAAGUUUGUGGGGAGGCUUUCGACAGCAGAAACAAAAUGUUUCAACAUAUUAAAGCCGAAGGGCAUGCUGCUCUCAAGAGCGUCGAGACCGGGCGCAAGGGGAAGAAGACUCGAGGCCAGCGAAGAUGAUAAACAAGAAAAAGAGGGCAUCUACGGACGCAUACACGCAGAAACACAGACGUCUCUCAUCGCCAUGGGAUCCCACUGCCCACCUGGAGCCAAUGAAACCUACCACCGAUAUACAUUCACAAAUAUAUAUAUAUAUAUAUAUAUAUUUAUAUAAAUGUUUAUAUAUUUUUUUAUAUAUUUUAUAUGUAUUUUAUAUAUGCAGAUGUUUAUAUUUUAUGUAGAUGUGUAGGUAUGCACAUGCAAUAUUUGUAUGUGCUCUCGUGUGUUUGGAAGUGGAGUGGAUUUUGCAUCUGUCCAUUUGUGAGAAGAGAAAGACGAGGUGCGAGGGACUCUCUGCUCGUUUCUGUCUGCCCUGCGCGUCGAAAACAUCUGUGUGCCAAAGUCAUUUUCACCUGCGACUGCAUGCAAGGAAUUCGAAACGCGUCGCCUGCAGAAGCCGCAAUCUCAGGGCCGCCGUCCUCGAAGGCUUCGCA